CCUUGCUUUGACCUGUUGCGUCUUACCAAAAAAACAAUUACACAUCAUAAAAACAGCCAAACAGAUCUUCGUUUGUUUCUAUUUAUUCGUUUUUCUUGUCUGAUUCAAACCCAAAACAAGAACAAAAUAAAAAAAAGAAGCAGUUCUACCAAAUCACGAUAUUUACUCAAACUGCUCUUUGUCUGUUCAAAGUUUCAGAUUUGACCAUCUGGGUCCUCAAUUUCUCUCCUCUCCGAUCAUCAUAAAUUGAAGUUGAUUUGGGGGGGGGGGGCAAAAGAGAUCUUCUUUUUAGAAACAUGUUUAGUUUUUGAUGAGAUGGGUUGUGUACUGAGUCGACCCGGAUUAGUUUCUGAGUCUAGAGAUGAAGUUAGUACAAGGAUCGAGUCUAAUCGCAAAGAAUCAAACAAUGUGUCCGUUGUGACCAAAACCGAAACCACAGAGAGCACCACUACUACUAGUGUUGUUACUUCUGCUUCUGCUGGUGGUGAAGAGGUUAGGAACGGUGAAGCUAUUGUGGAGGAUUACAAAGAAGAGAAUGGAGACACCAAAGAGAGGAAACCAAAAAGGUCUGCUAAGCCUGAUCCGAGACUGAGCAACCCACCAAAGAACUUGCUAGGCGAGCAAGUAGCCGCCGGAUGGCCACCGUGGCUGACUGAAGUCUGCGGGGAAGCUCUAAACGGAUGGCUUCCACGAAAAGCUGAUUCCUUUGAGAAGAUUGAGAAGAUUGGAUCAGGAACGUAUAGUAAUGUGUACAAAGCGAGAGACUCGUUGACAGGAGCUAUCGUGGCGUUAAAGAAAGUGCGGUGCGACACUAGGGAGCAGGAGAACUUGAAGUUCAUGGCUAGAGAGAUUCUGAUUCUGAGGAGACUGAAUCAUCCCAAUGUCAUCAAGCUAGAAGGUUUGGUUACUUCGAGGAUGUCAACUAGUUUAUACUUGGUGUUCCGUUAUAUGCACCACGAUCUAGCUGGUCUCGCUGCAAGCCCUGACAUAAUAUUCACCGAACAACAGGUGAAGUGCUAUAUGAAGCAAAUACUCUCGGGGCUAGAGCACUGCCACAGCCAAGGAGUUCUUCACCGUGAUAUCAAAGGAUCAAACCUUCUUAUAGACGACGAUGGAGUUCUCAGAAUAGGAGAUUUUGGUCUCGCGACGUUCUUCGAAGCGGGUCAAAGGGAGAAGAUGACGACACGUGUUGUUACUUUAUGGUACAGAGCACCAGAGCUGCUUUACGGUGCUGUUGAGUACGGUGUCGGCAUUGAUUUAUGGAGCGCUGGUUGCAUUCUAGCCGAGUUGUUAUCCGGUAGACCGAUCAUGCCAGGUCGUAACGAGGUUGAUCAGUUGCAUAGGAUACAUAGGUUAUGUGGGACGCCUUCAGAAGAGUAUUGGAGGAAGAUAAGGCUUCCUUCUAAUCUCAAGCAUGCUAAUAACAUGCCUAAACCGCAGGUUAAAAGAAAAGUAAGAGAGGAAUACAAAGCUUUCUCUCCUGAGGCGCUUUCUCUAGUUGAUAGGCUUCUUGCUCUUGAUCCCCUUGACCGCCUCACAGCUACAGAUGCGUUGAUGAGUGAUUUCUUCAUGACGGAGCCGCUUGCAUGCGAGCCUUCUGAGCUCCCCAAGUACCCUCCAACUAAAGAGAUUGAUGCCAAGAAACGAGACGAAGAGUAUAGAAGACAAAGGGAUGCACGUAAGGUUCAUGGAGAGAGCGGAAGAAGAAUCAGACCUAGAGAACGAGCACCACCAAGAGCAAUGCCUGCUCCUGAAGCCAAUGCUGAGAAUCAAUCUAACAUCGAUAGGAUGCGUUUGAUCACACACGCUAAUGCAAAGAGCAAGAGUGAGAAGUUUCCUCCACCGCAUCAAGACGGUUCGCUUGGUUUUCAAGUUGGAUCUUCACGGAGACUUGAUCCAUCAGAGAUACCGUUUAGCUCAAACUCGUUCACUGCAACUUACUCCAAAGAGCCGUUCCAGACUUGGUCAGGUCCUUUGGCUCCCACUGAUGCGCCUGACUCGACAGGAAGGAGGAUGAAAGAUAUUAACAAGGAGAGAAGAAGGGCUGCUAAGCUUAAAGGGAAAAGAAUCGUUGUUUGAUUUGAUGAGAUUUGUUAUUAUUAUCUUCACCUCCAAGUUUCAUAAGGUUCUUCCUUUUUGAUAUGAGAAAAAAAAGAUUUUUUUUAAUUACUUUUUUGGAGGAUUAUAUGUUUCUUAUUUAUUUGAUUUGUGCAUUGUUGUACAAGAGAUUUGACAAAAAAAAAAACAUUUAAAUGAGGGAAUUACAUUCUAUGAUGUUCUAUGUAAA